AUGACCGCAUCCAGCUCUCGUCGUCGUUCAGCCAUGCCACUCUUCAGCGCCAGCCUGCUCUGUCUGGUGCUGCUGAGCAUGCUGUCACUGCUCGUGCAAAGCGUCUCGGCAGGGUUCACUCCGAUUCGGUCGUCCUCGCCAUCUUCAUUACAACAGCGUGAUGCAUUCUCCGACACCGACCCCAUCGACAAUGAGGGCGAAGCACACGGUCCACCCACCAUCCCUAAAGGCUCUAAGCUCGUCUCGCUGCCCAUCACCCCCCGAGCGUCCGUGGCAGUCUACUGGACCGCCAAGCCCAACAAUGCCACUGCGACAAACGCCUACAUCAUGAUGCACGGCAAGCUUCGCGACGGCAGCAACUACUGGACUGUCAUGAACAACGUCCUGAAAACUGCCAUCGCCAACAAAUCCCCCGGUGCGCACUCGACCUCGAUCAUCGCUGCGCCGCAGUUCUACUCGACCCGAUUCAAUUCGGGCCAGUACACGGCCGAUCAGCUCGCCUUUGCCGACACCAACGUAUGGCAGGCGGCCGAAGCGGCGAACCACCCGGCCGGCUGCAACCUGACGAGUUUCGAUGUGCUCGAUGCGCUGCUCGCUGAGUUCGGCAAUACCGCCAAGUACCCCAAAAUGAAGCUGAUAACUUUUGUCGGGCACGGCGCCGGCGGACAAGUCAUCUCGAGGUAUGCCAUGGCCGGAGCUGGUCUGCCGGCAUCGAGCAAUAUCCAGCUGCGUUAUGUCGUGGGCGACCCGUCCUCCAACCCUUACUACACGCUCGAUCGCCCGCUGCAAGACGCCUCGGUUGCGACCAAGGCGACGUGUCCGCUGUACAACCGCUGGCGCUACGGGUUCGACCGCUUCAACGGUACUGCCACUGGCGGGCUGCUGACGCCACAGCAGUACUUUGUGCGGCUGGCGACGCGCGACGUGCGCUGGGUCGUCGGCUACCAGGAUGUCCAACCCGACGGCGACAACACAUGCAUGGCCAAGCUCCAGGGCGGAGCGGCACGACGCGAUCGAAACCUCAGCUGGUGGCGUUACAUUAACACGCUCGCCGGCACCAACGAGGACCUGACCGGCUUCCCCGGUGCCCUCCCCGGCAUGGCUUCGUGGGGAAACUUGACUAAGAACGUCCUCAACCACAGACUGACCGUGGUGUUUGAUGCCGAUCACAAUGUGGAGAAGGUGUAUUCGAGCAUAGAGGGCAGUUCGGCCGUGUUUGACGAUAGCCCCAACGUGCAGUUGGGCUGGAGACCCUCGGGGUGGAAGAACGUCACCAGCUUGAAUCACUCGACGAGCAACAAGACUGCUUCGUCCUCGUCCUCGAUCUCUUCGUCUUCAUCCUCGUCUGCACCGCUCGUCAGUACCCACGUCCAGGUGGUGGUGUUGACCGUACUCGCAUCGCUGCUCGCGGUCGGCUCUUUCGUCUUGCUUUAG